GAGACCCCAAUUUUGGGGGGGAGAGUGUGUUCUGAUAACAGCAGGCCUAAGGGAGCACUCAAGCUUCCAAAGAGCUGCUGGCUCAGGGGAGAGCAUUUCCAGUGAGGAACGUGGCUUCUGUGCACGUAUUUCCAGUUUCAGAGUGGAUGAGCUAACUAGAGAGUCCUUUCCUCAAUUUAGAGGAGAGCCAUUAGGAAAAGAACAUGCAACAGGUCGUGAUUGAGCCAUAUAUUGUAGAGAAGAUGCUUGAACAUGGCAGGAUUUACUUCCAUCCUAGCCCUUCCAAUUCCCAGCAGAUAAAAGGACACGGUAGCAUUUUUCCAGCUCUCUAUUCUGUGAGAGUAGGAUGUGGUGGAAUCGCCAUCCCUUCAGGGUUUGAAGUGACCUGUGCAUGUGGCACUUGGGGACAUGGUUUAGUGGUGGGCUUGGCAGUGCUGAGGGAAGGGUUGGACUCCAUGGUCUCAGAGAUCUUUUCAACCUCAAUGAUUCCACGAUUCUGGGAUUCCUCCCUGACAGAAUGGGAGCGCACAUUUGUCACAACAACUACAGUGCAGGAAAACAGUGGAUUCAGGGGUGAGGGUCAGUGUGAAGGGAUCAGAGACCUGAAAUGGGAGCGGGAAGGCAGAAUAGCAGGGGACAGUGCUCUUUGCAAAUGUUGCUCACUGUGAUUUAGGACAUGACACUGUGCUUUCUGUAGCAGGAAAAACAGCAGCAAAUGCAUGCUGCUGUCACCAUCCAUGACCCUUGGAGCUGUAGCACAUUCCCUUCUCUUCCUGGACAGCCCAUGACUGCCCCCCAACACCUGUGUCAUGGGAGCCUGAGCUGCAGCCAUGGCACGGAGCAACUUCUCCCAGGUGACUGAAUUCAUCCUCCUGGGGCUCUCUGACACCAGGGAGCUGCAAGUCCUCUUCUUCACUGUCUUCUUCCUGGCCUACACCAUGGUUCUGCUGGGGAACCUUCUCAUCAUUGUGACAGUCAGGACUGACCCCAAGCUCUCCUCACCCAUGUACUUUCUCCUCUGCAACCUGUCCUUCCUCGAUAUCUGCUGCACCUCUGUCACCGUUCCCAGGAUGCUGGUGGACCUGCUCUCCCGCAGGAAGGCCAUUGUGUUUGAAGGCUGCAUUGCCCAGCUCUUCUUCCUGCACUUUGUUGGCUCCUCGGAGAUGUUCCUCCUCGCCGUGAUGGCCUACGACCGCUACACGGCCAUCUGCAAGCCCCUGCACUACACGGCCAUCAUGAGCCGCUGGGCCUGCUGGCUGCUGGUCUGCUCCUGCUGGGCAGGGGGGUUCCUCCACUCCAUCACCCAGACUUGGCUCACAGUCCAGCUCCCCUUCUGCGGCCCCAACACCAUUGACAGCUACUUCUGCGACGUGCAGCCCGUCGUCCGCCUGGCCUGCGCCGACAUCUACCUCACCCAGUGGCUCAUGGCCUCCAACAGCGGCCUCAUCUCCCUGGGCUGCUUCCUGCUGCUGCUCACCUCCUAUACGCUCCUCCUGCUCUCCCUCCGGGGACGCCUCACCCAGGGCCACUGCAAGGCGUUCUCCACCUGCGCCUCGCACCUGCUGGUCGUCACCCUCUUCUUCCUGCCCUGUGUCUUCAUCUACCUGCGGCCCCCCUGCACCUUCCCCUUCGACAAGUAUGUCUGUGUCAUCUACACCAUCUUGUCCCCGCUGAUGAACCCACUCAUCUACACCCUGAGGAAUAACGAGGUGAAGGAAUCCAUGAGGAGGCUGUGGAAGUGCUGCACAGUCUUCUGAGACUUGCACCUGGAGGGACAUACCUACAGACUGAUGGCUUGGUGACUAAUGCCUACACACUUCAAAUUAGGUGUGUGGAUAUAUACACACAUAUAUAUAACUAUU